AUGUCUGCCCCCAACCCUGGCCGUCAAUCUCCCGACCCCGAGCGCCAAUCUGGUGCCCAGCAGCAGGAUACCCCCGGUACUGGCAAGACCCGUCUUGGUAGCCACCCUGAAUCUGGGGAAGCGCAGAAAUCGGCAGAGCAAUUCAAGGAGCAUGGGCUGCAGAGUAACCCUGAACACCCGCUAGAGAAGAUUGAGGCGGAGAAGUUUUCGAAGAAACAUUGA